UUGGAAGAAGAAAAGGAAGAAAGGAAAGAGAUUGGUAAGGGGAGAAGAGGAAGAACUACUUAUCGACCCGGAGUCUGCGGCAGGGCUUUCUUCUCAGAAGACUCGAAUCAUGUCGUCGCCCGAUACAGCGGAACUCGUCCGUCAGAUGACGGCGUACGAUAAUUCUAAAGAACCGAGACCAGCGUUUAAUUAUCCGGCGACAGUGUAUGGCUUGGUUAUUCCCUUCAUGGUUGUCUCUUCCAUAUGUGUAGCCUUGCGAUUAUAUUCAAGAAUUAGGUUGCAUUGUUUAGGUUGGGAUGAUCUUUUAAUUGUACUCUUCAGAAUAUCAGCAACAAUUGGUUCUAUAUUUCUCUGUCUCGCAUUACAAGACGGUUUCGGAGACCACAUACUCCAAAUCGGCUUCAUCAAAUUCGCUAAAUUCCAACAAAAAUUCUACGUCUGUCUCGCCACCUACACCAUCUCCACGACGCUCAUGAAGCUCUGCCUGCUCUCGCAGUACCUCCGCAUCUACGAGCGGGGCACGCGCCUGCGCGCCGUCUGCUGGGUCGGGCUGUGCGUCAGCGCGGUCUGGGGCCUCGGCUUCUCCUUCUGCGCCUUGUUCCCCUGCUUCCCCGUCCGCGGCUUCUGGGAGUGGGAGACGCCCGCCCGGUGCUACGGCUUCGGGUCCAAGGUUUCCGCCGAGAUCGCCGGCACGUUCGCCGCGCACACGGGCUCGAACGUCGCGCUGGACGUGCUGGUACUGGGUAUCGUCGUCCCGCUGUAUUUUAGAAAGGAUACUGCGUGGAAGCAGAGGUUGGGGAUCGGGCUACUUUUGCUGCUGGGCGUUCUCGUCCUCCUAAUAAGCAUAUGGUGUCUGCAAACCAUCGUCGACCACAAAGCCGGCACGUACCCGGUCCUCGACCCGACGUGGUACGGACCCAAAUCCAUCAUCCUCGCCGCGCUCGAGGUCGACCUGGCCAGCAUAUGCGCCUCGAUCCCGACCUUCUGGCCGCACCUGUCGCAGACGCUUCUCGGCAGCAUCUUCGUCACGCAGGAGGUCCACAUCACGCACCAGCACCGGCGCUUAUCCGGCGAUUCCUCGUACGAUAUUACCUCCCCCGGCGCCGGCGGCGUCGCCCCGGGACACUACGAGCUGCAAUCGCCCGCCGCAUCGCUCUCUCGAAGUAGUAAGGAGGAAGACGGUGGAGAUGGCGCCAUCGUGGUCCGCGUGACGCCGAAGCCGUCGUUGCCCAAGAUGCCAGGAGGAGGAGGAGGGGGGCUAAUGGGGCUGGGCCAGCACUACCGCGACGACUUCGUGCUGAGCAGCGUGGUGCCGCCGAACAUGGGCAUGCACGACAAGGAGACGUGCGCCGGCUCGCGCGUCUCGUCCGAGGGGCAGCGGGGCUUCGAGCGCGAGCAGGAGCGGCUGCGGCUCGCGCGCGUGGGGAGCGAUACUAGUAUUCUGCGCCGCGGCGCCAGCAAUAGCAUUGGCAGUGGCAGUGCCAGGACGGAGAAGACGAGACCCGGAAGGAUGGGGUUGACGGGGUCGUGAGCUCUGGUGCUUGACUGGGUGGGAAGGGGACAGGAUGGGAUGGGAUGGGAUGAGAGGCGAAAUACGUAAUGUUUGUGGUUAAUUUGAUACCCCCGAAU